AAGAGACACGUCAACACGGGCCAGAGGCACAUGUGGAUGCGCCUGGGUGGGGCAGACAUCUGCUUGAAGGAUGAAGCCAGACACAGAAGCAUCAGAGGCAGUCAACCGGAAAUUAGUCGAUGCAUGCGUCCGAAGAAGUUAAGUGAGCACAUCAACUCGCCAGGACGAGGCGUCAUCACACAAACUGUAUUUCUUCUUCCCUUCUUCAAUAUUAUGGCAAGGUUUGGUCAAGAGGCCAGUUGUUCUUCUCCACUUAUUACACACUACUCGCCGGCAUUCUGCCAGUCUCAGGCGGUAAAUAAGCAAAGGUAUCAGCAUUUAGUCAACAAAUCAACUCUGAUCGCUAUUCUGGCCAACUUUAAUGCAACAAAAGUGCUCAAAUGUGCCAAGCUCAACAGGUUCGAUUUACUCGUUUAA